UAAAAAGCUUCUAAUCUCUUCUUCUAUAAUGGCCCCACCGAUUCCUUCUUCUCCACUCGCUCCUCCUCCUUCUUCUUCUUCUAUGGUCGCUCCUCUUUCUCGAGCAUCAUCUCUGCCGUUGUCUAGAGUAUGGAGAGAGAUACAAGGAAGCAAUAACUGGGAGAAUCUAAUCGACCCUUUAAGCCCUAUUCUCCAACAAGAGAUCACUCGCUACGGCCACUUACUCUCCGCCUCUUACAAAGGUUUUGAUCUAAACCCUAACUCAAAACGUUACUUGAACUGCAAGUACGGCAAAAAAACUUUACUUAAAGAAUCCGGAAUCCAUGAUCCUGAUGGAUACCAAGUCACCAAGUACAUCUACGCAACACCAGACAUCAACAUCAACCCUAUCAACAACGAGCCUAAUCGUGCACGUUGGAUAGGGUAUGUAGCUGUUUCUUCUGAUGACUCGGUGAAACGUUUGGGGAGGAGAGAUAUUGUGGUGACGUUUCGUGGGACUGUGACCAACCCUGAGUGGAUGGCUAACCUAAUGAGCUCUUUGACUCCAGCUAAGCUUGAUCCUCAUAGCCCUCGUCUUGAUGUCAAGGUUGAAUCCGGAUUCUUGAGUUUAUACACAUCCUGUGAGAGUGAAAGCAAGUUCGGGUUAGAAAGCUGCCGUGAGCAGCUUCUCUCCGAGAUCUCUAGGCUUGUCAACAAACACAAAGGCGAGGAAAUGAGCAUAACUCUUGCGGGACAUAGCAUGGGGAGUUCUCUAGCUCACCUUCUAGCUUACGACAUAGCAGAACUAGGUUUGAACAAGAGAAGAGGCGAAAAAGAUGUUCCAGUGACUGUCUUUUCGUUUGCGGGUCCAAGAGUUGGUAACUUGGGGUUCAAGAAACGGUGUGAGGAGUUAGGAGUUAAGGUCUUGAGGAUCACUAAUGUAAAUGAUCCCAUCACGAAACUCCCUGGUUUUUUGUUCAACGAGAAUUUUAGGGCUUUGGGUGGCGUUUACGAGCUUCCUUGGAGCUGUUCUUGCUACACUCACGUGGGAGUUGAGCUCACGCUUGAUUUCUUCGACGUUCAAAACAUUUCUUGUGUCCAUGAUCUUGAUACUUACAUCAGUUUAGUGAACCGUCCGAGAAGCUUAAAGUCUACGGUUAGAGAAGACAGUUUUGGCAGCAAAUUUAUGAACAAAACAAGUGAGAUGAUGUUCCCCAAAGGACAACGGUUAAGAAACGCAGCGACCAGAGCGGCGUAUCUAAUUGGGUCUAUAGGACAAAACAAUUGUAACCCUAUCUUUUAG